AAAGCAUCGUUCAUUUCAUACACCGGUGUGUGCGGUGCGGCGUACAUACAAUCAAUGCGUUACGGGAGGGGAGCCUUUACGCAUGUUACAUGUUACAACCAACGGAGUGUCUCAGUACGAGCCUUGUUACCGGUUCCCGACACCUCGUCGCUGGUAUCGCCGGACACCUCUGCGCCUGCGCGAGGAUCCGCAACUCUGCUACGCGGAAAACCUGCGCCAGAGUGUUGACAACGACCUACGCUACAGGCAGACGCCUGUGCAGCAACACAACUACAAACAGAUCCUCGAUGAUAUGGUCGAUAAAAGAAAGAAAGAAAUAAAAGAUGAAAAAAAGCGGACCUUGGACUACGAACGCAAAAUGCAUACUAUGGAAGGGCCAUGGGGACGACCAGGCCCUGGAGGUGCCGCUUGGAGGAACCCUCGUGACAUCGGUUUAAAUUUCACAAAGUCUAUGGGUUGGACAGAUAACGAAAUUUUUAAUAAAUUACAAGGGGAUCAAAAACUCUACAAGAGAUCUUCGCUAGCUUUACCUAAAGUAAAGAGAGACGAUGAUACUAAAGAGCAAAUAGAAGCAGAUAAAGAAAACGAGAAACCAUGCAAUACUGACAAAUUACCUGACAUCAAGCAAACGAAAAUCGUUAAUGAGAGCAGUCCAGAAAAUAAAAGUGACGAAAAACUUACUAAAGAAGCCAACGGUAACGGUAAAGGGAAACGUAGUCCUAAGAAAAGUAAAUUUGUAAAGAGGCUGUCUAAUGGUGAUAGAGUGCAGAAAGUUGUUCCUGAUGAUAACUGGGAUGCUGGUAGCGCGAUAAGACAAGAGGGAGAUACUUCCAAAGGUGCAGAAAAGAAGCUGACGCCUGAGGCAAACAUUCUUCGCGUGACGGGUGGAAUAGAACUAGUACCAUUGCUUGCGAGGAGACGCCGUGUCGGCGCUCGAACUUUGCCUUCGAGUGACGUCACUAGAACCCCAGAGCAACAAUGCCAAUGGCGUGAAAUCGACAUACAAUACCUGAGAGAUUUGAAACAUCAAAUACGAGUGAAAAAUCAACAAAUUGAGGAGAAACGAAAGAACUCUGCGGAGAGUGUGAUCCGCCACCACGAGACUUGGCAGUCGAUGUGGGGCCGUCCAGGUCACGGAGCGCCCGUGGAGCGAGGUCGAUACGCGCGCAGCAACCUGGCACAACUGCUGUACGUCGCUCCCUUGUCAAAUGCGCCAGAAUCCCAAAACUCUCCAGUGAGAAUGCGCUGGCGAAACUAAAUGCUCGCCCCGACUCAUCGUAAAGUUUGCGCUGCAAUCUGCUGCUUGUCAAUGCAAACUUUAUUCGAUUUGAAACCAUUGUGCAUUGCCUGCACUGUUCCAGCUCUACCAACAAACACUGC